AUGGCGAUAGCAGAAAUCCAUCAAGAUAUCAUUCAAACUCACAUCUUGACCAGACUCAACGGUCAAACUCUCGCAGCCGCCGGCUGCACAUCUUCGCUGCUACAAUUCCUUUGCUCCGACGAGAAACUAUGGUCAGAUAUCUGCUCUUCCAAUUGGCCCUCCACCGAUGACCCUUUAGUCAAACAAGCUAUUUCCAACUUCCCCUCCGGCCACCGUUCUUUCUUCUCCGACUCCUACCCAUCUCCCUCCAACCACCUCACCACAACCUCACCACUACCACAAACCUCCCAAAUCAUCUCCUCCGUGGACAUCAGAUACCACGACGAGCUGGUUUUCUCAAAGGUUGAAGCCACAAAUACCACACCGAGCGACUGGUUCCAGUCUUCGCCGUUUCGAAUUGACCUACUCGAACCCAAAGAACUCAUCCCAUCGGUGGUGAAGUUUUCCGGCGAUGAUCAGGUAAUGCAAUCGAAUCUUGAAAAGCACAUGACUUUGAGUUGGAUCUUGAUAGACCCAUCCCAGAACCGGGCUGUGAAUCUAUCCAGCAAAAAACCAGUUUCUGUUCAACGGAACUGGUUGACCGAUGAGAUAGAGUUGACUUUUGCCUUUGUGGCGGUUUCCGGCGUUUCUGUGCAUGAUAACGACUACGUGAACUGCAACAUAGAGAUUACAUGCGGGGUUAAAAGAACCAGCGGGGAGUUAUACGUGAGUGGGAUGAGUUUAACUGUUCAGGACAUAGAUGGGAAGUGUUUAAGCGGGAAGAACAGUAUGGAAGUUCUACAAGGACUUACGGUGGCGGAGCGGCGGAGCACAAGGUUCAACGGCGGAGGUGAUGACCUGAAAGGGAGAUACGAAGAGUAUAUUCAAAUGAGAAGAGAGAGAAAAGAGAUGAUGGAGAUGAGAGAGAGGCGGCUUGACCUGGCUUGUGUUGCUGGUGGAAUAGUUUUCUUGAUGGCAUUUUGGUCAUUGGCUCUCUACUAA